AUGGGCAUUGGAACCAAAACGGAAGUGGCCAUAACUUGCUCUCUGCGGCAGCUCAGCAGCAGCAGCAGCAGCAGUUGGCAGGAGGGUCAUGUACACAGGCGGGCUACAGAGCAGAGGCUCCCACUCCGAGAGAGUGAGCAGCACAACCUCUCAAAGCCACUGAUGGGCCAGGCUUCCCAGGUGCAGAUGGCCCAGUGGGAAGCCUGCCCUGUGAGUCCUCCUGCCCUGAACCAAAUCAAACCCUCCACUCUCCUUACCUGGGAAAAGAGGCGCUGGAGCAGUAUCUGUCCCCACAGCCCUGAGCCAAUGCUUCUGAGCUUCGGGGCUCUGACUGUGCUCCAGGCUGCUCAGGUGAGACUGGGUCCUCAGCUGAUACUUGAAACGGCCUCUCCGGCAUUCUACGGGCUGUCGUCAACUGGGUACACUUCAAUCUCUAGGCACCACGGUGGCCAUCAAGGGCGUCCGGAAGUCCAACCUGCCCGACCUCCGGCUCCUGGCCCUCGAGAUGGGGUGCAUGGAGGCCCUUCACCACCCGAACAUCGUGGAGCUAUUCCAGGUGGUGGACACCCGGGAGGAGCUGCAGCUCGUGAUGGAGUACGUGGAGGGGGAAGACCUGCAGGACUACCUGAGCGAGCGUGGGCGCCUGGUGGAGGGCGAGGCCCGCCAGCUGUUUCAGCAGAUCCUCUCGGCCCUCAGCUACUGCCACGCCAAAGGCAUCGCCCACCGGGAUGUGAAGCCGGGGAACAUGCUGCUGACCCGAGAGGGAAAAGUAAAGCUGGUGGACUUUGGGCUCAGCGUCCAGGGCUUCAGCAAGGCUUUGAGCUCAUGCUGCUGCCGCCCAGAGUACCUGAGGUCUACCUUCGCCAGCGGUACAACGGCCCCAGGGUGGACGUGUGGAGCCUGGGCGUCAUGCUCUACCAGAUGGUCACCGGCACACUGCCCUUCAUUCACGGGGACCAGCCCCGGCAGAUCAGGGACCAUGUCCUGGGCGGGUACAUCCACCUGCCCUCCUACCUCUCGCUCGAGUCCUGGGACCUGCUAACCAAAGUGCUGGCACUAGACCCCUGGAGACGCAGCACCCUGGAGAGCAUCAAGCAGCACCCCUGGGUGGAAGGAGGACCCUGCCCUUCAGCGAGCCGUCCCUCGGCCACCAGGACCCGGCCAUAAUCAAAGCGACGGAGCGCCUGGGCCACCAAAGGCAGGACAUUCGAGAGGCCAUUGAGGCGAAGAAGUACAAUGAGGUCAUGGGCACGUACCUGAGCCUCCGCUCCAGGAAGCAUGAGCGGGAAGAGGACCCCGAGGAGGAGCCUCUGAGGCUCGUCACCUUCAGUGAAUCCUUCCCCCACAACAUAAA